UCCCUCACUAAACAUAUAACAGAAAACAAGUUUCCAUUUGCCUAAUGCAAAUAAUGCUCGCCCUCGAAACAUUACGUCUUUCUGAGAUAAUAAAUUUGACCUUUCGUUGCCAGUGCCUGCAGUUAUUUUGAUUUUUCCUUGGCUAUGCUCUGGCUAUACGAAAAUGGUCUAAGGUUUGAUAAGGAGAUUUCGGAGUGCCCAGAAGUGACUCCUUUGCUCCCGAAUACUCUCCCACCGCGCAGACUUUCGGGGCUCCUUCUCGUCGCGCUGCCGUCGCGGGGUGUAAGUUUGAGAUGGGGGAACCAGCAGUCAGUGGCUUGCCGUCUGCCCCUGAAGAGUAACCUCUUGGAAUGCAAAGAGGUGGGGCUGCGGAGGAUCUGUCAUUAAAGGUUCGUAUGGGUGGGACCGAGAGACGGGAGUGAGGGGAGGGAGUGGUCCGCGGGUGGGAUCUGUCGAGCAGACAAAAUGUGGGGCCCCUGUCCUUGAGGGUCAACUCGCCUCUUCCUGAGUGAGCAGCAAGGCAUCCGUGGUGACCCUCCCAGGGGCGCGCGGAGGAGAGAAAAGCGACCAAGAUAAGAGUGGACAGGAAAAUAGCGAGACAUGUUCUCCUCGAAACAGUCCCCUGCCCUCGCUCGGGAAGAGCGCUACCGCACAGCCGGGGCCCCGGAGCGGGUAAGAUCCACGAAUCGCGCUCUGCCGGCAAACAGGUCGAAUGACCUCUCGGUCGGGAUGAAUUCAGGGUCAACCCUUCCUGCCCCCGCCCCCUCUUCCCCUCGGGAGCCACCUUUUUUCCCUGCCGUCGGUGAGCGUCGACUUCCCCAGCCCCGCGCUCAGCCCCCUGCGGCCAGUCCCCCAGCGCACGAGUCGCCCAAGGUCCGGGACCCUCCCAGGGUCAAGGGGAGGAUUUCCUUUGGCGUUCGAGUCGGGUCGGUCCGGAGACCCCGCUCUCCUUGCCGGGGACGAUGCCACGUCUCCUGCAGAGUCCCUCCUCCGCUCGGCGCCCUCUACGCAUCAAGUGGACUCGGCGACGCGAGGGCGCCUGGGGAGACUGCAGAAGGAGCUGUCGGCACCAGCCCCUCUGGGACCCACGGCUUCCUGUCUGCGCCAGCGUCGCCGACGCCCGGCAUCUGGAAGGACUGCGCAGCAGCCUUGCCUGCCCCAGACGUCUUGAGAGCCGAUGACGGUAACAUGGGUGACGGCUGCUCGCAGAAGCUGGCGACUGCUAAUAUUCUCCGUUUCCUCUUGCUGGUCCUGAUUCCAUGUAUCUGUGCUCUUAUUGUCCUGCUGGUGGUUCUGCUUUGCUUUGUUGGAACAUUAAAAAAGGCCUAUUUUAAAUCAAAUGGGAGUGAGCCUUUGGUCACUGAUGGUGAAGUCCAAGUGUCUGAUGUUAUUCUUACAAACACAGUUUAUAACGAAAGCCCUGUGACAUCCACUGCACAUCCCAGCCAACACAUUCCAGCCUGGACCACGGAUGCUUCUUUCCCAGAGGACCACAACCACAGGAACACAAGUGCCUGCACGAGAAUCACCCACAGCCAGUGUCAGAUGCUGCCCUACCGCACCACGCUAACACCUCUCCUCUCAAUUAUCAAAAACAUGGAAAUGGAGAAGUUCCUCAAGUUCUUCACAUACCUCCAGCGCCUCAGUUGCUAUCAACAUAUCAUGCUUUUCGGCUGUAGCCUCGCCUUCCCUGAGUGCAUCGGUGAUGGUGAUGACAGCCAUGGACUCCUGCCCUGUAGGUCCUUCUGUGAGGCUGCAAAAGAGGGCUGUGAAUCAGUCCUGGGGAUGGUGAACGCCUCUUGGCCCGAUUUCCUCAAAUGCUCCCAGUUUAGAAACCAAACCGAAAGCAGCAACGUCAGCAGGAUCUGCUUCUCCCCACAGCAGGAAGAAGGAAAGCAACUGCUCUGCGGAGAAAGCGACAGCUUUCUGUGUGCCAGUGGAAUCUGCGUCCCCAGGAAACUGCAGUGUAACGGCUACAACGACUGCGGCGACUGGAGUGAUGAGGCUCAUUGCAAUUGCAGUAAGGAUCUGUUUCAUUGUCACACGGGCAAGUGCCUUAAUUACAGCCUCGUGUGUGAUGGGUAUGAUGACUGUGGGGACCUGAGUGAUGAGCAAAACUGUGAUUGCAAUCCCACUGAGGAGCAUCGCUGUGGAGAUGGGCGCUGCAUUGCAAUAGAGUGGGUGUGUGACGGUGACCAUGACUGUGUGGAUAAGUCUGAUGAGGCCAAUUGCUCCUGUCACAGCCAGGGUCUAGUGGAAUGCAGAAAUGGACAGUGCAUCCCCAGCACUUUCCAGUGCGAUGGCGACGAGGACUGCAAGGACGGCAGUGAUGAGGAGAGCUGCGGUGACAGCCAGACUCCAUGUCAAGAAGGUGACCAAAGAUGCCGCUACAAUUCCUGCCUUGAUUCGUGUGGUGGUAGCUCUCUUUGUGACCCGAACAGUCCAAAUAACUGUAGUCAAUGUGAACCAAUUACAUUGGAACUCUGCAUGAAUUUGCCCUACAACCAUACAAAUUAUCCAAAUUACCUUGGCCACGGGACUCAAAAGGAAGCAUCCAUCAGCUGGGAGUCCUCUCUCUUCCCUGCACUUGUUCAAACCAACUGCUACAAAUACCUCAUGUUCUUUGCUUGCACCAUUUUGGUACCAAAGUGUGAUGUGAAUACCAACCUCCGUAUCCCCCCCUGCAGAGCACUGUGUGAGCACGCCAAAGAACACUGUGAGUCUGUUCUCGGGGUCGUGGGCCUACAGUGGCCUGAAGACACAGAUUGCAAUCAAUUUCCAGAGGAAAAUUCAGACAAUCAAACCUGCCUAAUGCCUGAUGAAGAUGUAGAAGAAUGCUCACCUAGUCACUUCAAGUGCAGCUCAGGACGGUGUGUUCUGGCUUCCAGAAGAUGUGACGGUCAGGCUGACUGUGAUGAUGACAGUGAUGAAGAAAAUUGUGGCUGUGAGGAGAGAGAGCUUUGGGAAUGUCCAUCUAAUAAACAGUGUCUGAAGCCCACAGUUGUCUGUGAUGGGUUCCCAGACUGCCCUGAAAGCAUGGAUGAAAAAAACUGCUCACUUUGCCAAGAUGAUGACCUAGAAUGCGCAAACCAUGAGUGUGUGUCGCGUGACCGGUGGUGUGACGGUGAAGCCGACUGCUUAGACAGUUCAGAUGAGUGGGACUGUGUGACCCUCUCUAAAAACGUGAACUCCUCUUCAUUCUUGACUGUGCACAAAUCUGCCAGAGAACACCAUGUGUGUGCAGACGGCUGGCAGGAGACGUUGAGUCAGCUGGCCUGCAAGCAGAUGGGUUUAGGAGAGCCGUCUGUGACCGGAUUGAUACAGGAGCAGGAGCAAGACCAGCAGUGGCUGACACUACACUCCAACUGGGAGAACCUCAGUGGGACCACUUUGCAUGAACUGCUGGUCGAAGGGCAGUCUUGUCACAGCAGAAGUAAGAUUUCUCUUCUGUGUACUAAACAAGACUGUGGGCACCGCCCUGCUGCCCGAAUGAACAAAAGGAUCCUCGGGGGUCGGACGAGUCGCCCUGGAAGGUGGCCAUGGCAGUGUUCCCUGCAGAGUGAACCCAGUGGACACAUUUGUGGCUGUGUCCUCAUUGCCAAGAAGUGGGUUCUGACGGUUGCCCACUGCUUCGAGGGGAGAGAGAAUGCUGCCGUUUGGAAAGUGGUGUGUGGCAUCAACAAUCUAGACCAUCCAUCGACGUUCAUGCAGACGCGCCACGUGAAAACCAUCAUCCUGCACCCUCGCUAUAGUCGGGCAGUGGUGGACUAUGACAUCAGCAUAGUGGAGUUGAGUGAGGACAUCAAUGAAACGAGCUACGUCCGGCCGGUCUGCUUACCCAACACGGGGCAGUUAUUAGAACCUGAUACGUACUGCUACAUCACAGGCUGGGGGCACAUGGGCAACAAAAUGCCUUUUAAGCUGCAGGAGGGAGAAGUCCGCAUUAUUCCUCUGGAGCAGUGUCAGUCCUACUUUGACAUGAAGACCAUCACCACCCGGAUGAUCUGUGCAGGCUAUGAGUCGGGCACAGUCGACUCGUGCAUGGGUGACAGCGGUGGUCCUCUUGUUUGUGAGCGGCCUGGAGGAGAGUGGACAUUAUUUGGUUUAACUUCAUGGGGUUCCGUCUGCUUUUCCAAAGUCCUGGGGCCUGGAGUUUAUAGCAAUGUCUCAUAUUUCGUCGAAUGGAUUGAAAGACAAGUAUACAUCCACACUUUUCUCCUAAACUAAUUCCAAAGAUCAUUGGAGACUUUUGCCAGCAACACUCAAAGAAAAUGCCUUCUGACCGUGGAGAGCUCCUGCAGAGAGCUGUACAGCAGCACUUUUCAUGGACUGAGGUGCCCAACAGUGCAGUGCAAAUUUUCAUGUUUGUUUUGGUCUAAUUUUAUUCAGCUUUUUUUUUCAACUUUAUUUUUCUCUUAUUUCAAAUUCAAUGAAAGUCUGGAAACAGAGCAAAGCAGAUUUUGUUCUUUUGUCAGGCCUAACCUCGACUGUAGCAAGAAAUUAUUGACUCUGGAGAGAGUUAGAAUAAUGCAGGUGCUAGGGUAACAGGUUAUAGAAAAUUCUCUUUAUCCAAUCACAAGAAGGACAUUGAGAUCCAGGCUGACUAAUCUUCGCCAGCUUUUGUUUCUCAAGCCCAAUAGCAUAGUGGCAAAUUUCAGUAUCAACAUUGGAGACUUGCUUUUGAUUUAUUAAAGGCCAAGAUAAUUUACAUGCUUAAAUUAUUUACUAGGACUCUUCUAAAGUUUGCAUAAUUCUGAGAACUUAUGAAAGACAGUCAGAGGUAAAAGACAAGUAGUAUCCAUUUUGGUGGCUGAAAUAGCAAGACAUAUUGAACACAAAGCUCUUCAGAUAUCAACGUUAGCACUUGACAUUAUAGGACUGCCCAUUCUGAAUUUAAAUCAAGGUUGUCAUUUUAUAGAAAAAUCUCUAUAGACCCUUCCCUGUAGCUGGGGUUUCUUAAGUGUAUCAGUUGACUGAGAUUUCAACAAGUAGGGAAAUAUUUUGUUCUGCAUAUGUGACAAUGAAGUUGAGAUUAAACUUUGCUAAAGGAGAACUUGCUUUAGACUGGAGAGAUGCAAUUUCUUAAAAAGAAAAUUAAAUUGCACCUGAUUCCCAAUUCGAUAUUCCAGUUUUCAUGUGUUCGUCCAUCCCAAUAAUGUCACAGAAAUGUAUCCAAAGCACAGCAAAACUUUGCAUGGAGUAAAACACUUUGUAAUUUUCUGUGAAAGAUAUUUAACAUCUGGUGUUGCCAUUUCUUCUUAUUGAUAAUCAAAACAAAAAUUUAAAGAUGCUUUUAAGCACUAGGCCCAGUGCUAGUGAUUUUACGCUUAUCAAUUUCUGAAGUAAUUAGUGGUUAAAGUAUGUUUCCCCACUGAAAAGCUUCAAAACACAAAUCUUCACAUGUACCUUAGUCAGGCAUCCAUUCUGCAACAUCCAAAUGCCUAAAAUGUUUAAAAAACAGUAGGAUUCUCUGCUAACCUCCACCAGCAACCUGGACUGCCUCAGCAUUCCACAGACUACCUGCAAUUUUAUACAUGUAUUUUUGCACUCUUUUCUAUGUGUACACGUAUUUGAAAUCCAAAAAGUUGUCUUGACACUUUCCAUGUUAUUCAUCUCCUGUUCUGUAGUUUGUAUAAUCCUACUGAGAAUGUGAAAUCCAGCAAGGGAAUUGUGGUCACAGUUGUAUGAAUGGUUAAGAACAUAUGUCAGUUUUGUCAUAGCUGUAGGUACAUACUUACUGUAACAACUUUUAGCCUUGCUCAAUUUAUGUUCAGUGAAAUGUACAUAUUGUACUUAUUUUAAAUAACCCUCGAUCCAAAUAAAAUGGUAUAAACUUU